AUGGACGUCGCGUCGCAAGCGGGACACCUAUUCCCUGUUGGUCCCCGUCACGCCUCGACACAAGACCGCCUCUCGUUCGAGGCCUUUUGCGCGGUGCCGUAUCUCAAGUGGCAUCUCGACCAAAUCGUCCACUCCGGUGCGGCGAUGAUCCGCAACGGCCUGGUUGAUGAGGGCCAGACCUUGACCGUCAACUCGACUGCCGUGCGCGAUUUCCUGGGUCGCCCAAUGACUCGAGAGGAUCUUCGAGGCUCGGCGUCCAACCCAAUGACUUACCAGGGUGGUGAGGACAAGAAACUGUUCUUGCCUCUCACCGUGACUCUGGUGACGGCGGCAGAGUCGGUGGCGGCUGCGCCCGGAAACCUCGUCCUGUCCGGCGACACCAUCGGCUCCUUCUUCGAUGUCAAGCCCAUGGAUCUCACUGCGACUGAAGGUGUCUCAAAGGACAAGCACGGCUUUGUCUCCGACAACGACGAGUCUGACGACGACAUCACGUCUGCGCAGUGA